AUGCGCACUCAUCUGGACCACAAUCACGCGCGUCCGAAUGCAAUACAAUCCAUUUUUGAGGGGAGAGAUAAGUCGAUUAGUGAUGGCAGUCAAUGGUCGACAGCGCAUCGGCGAGAGCUUCUCAACCCCGGAAUCUCCUUUUUUGGAAAUGCAGUGUUUUACUCACUGUCGAAGUCUCUAGCAGACACCCUGGCUGCAUCAGACGAGGCACCUGUGCACUCGCUCGCUGAGAUUUGUGACCACAUUACCCAUUCGCAAUCAACUUCCGUGAUCAACUCACGUCAUAUCGCAGAGGUUUACCAGUUGAUCGACCACAUGAAGGAUUAUAGAUCUCUUUUCGUGGGCUGGGACCUCUUUAGAUCUCGCGAUCUCACAAUCACAAACUGGGCUGAUAUCGAUCUAUAUGGGGUGAGCUUUGGCGAUGUGCUUGGAAAGCCGAAGUUUGUGAGGCUACCACAGAUGGAAGCAGAUGGAGUUGCUCUUAUUCUACCACGUCAACGAGAUGCAUCUCAGGAAGUGCUUGAAAUCAUGAUCAUGUUGCGGUGUGAUCAUAUGGGUGCUUUGGAAAAAGACUCCAUGUGGCAGACCAUUCUCUCACAUGGUCGAAAAGAUGGGGAUGAGUUGAGCAUUGAUAGCUCAGACUGA